CAAAAUCCUUAUUUCAUUAUUUAUUUUCAAAUAAAGGUUUUAAACAAAUACAAAUAUAAAUAAACUUCAAAGAGAUUUCAAUCCCUACACAUUAAUUUGAAGAGGAUAUAUAUAUAUAUAUAGAGAGAGUAAUAACAUAUUGACCAUAAUUCAAUUAAUGUUAUUUAGCUUAACAAAUGACAAUUAGACGCUAAAAAGGACUAAAAGUGUUGUGUUAUAUUGAUUGGUUAAGGAGCUUGGAUGGCAGAGAGUGUUGCUAAUAUUGCAAUCGAUAAGGUGUUGAAUCCAAUCAUGGCUGCAUUAAUGAAUUACACAAUUAAAGGCAUUGGUUACAUAAGAGAGUACCAGAAGAUUGGUAUCAAACUAGAAAAAGCAGUAGAUGAACUGAAAAACAUUAAAGCAGAUUUCGAAGUACAGGUGCAGAAUAUGGAAAUCGAAAAAGAAGAAGCAAUAAAAAAAACAGCUCAGGAUUGGCUUGAUAAGGUUAAUGAAAUGUUGGAUAACAAAGAACUUAAAGUACUUUUAGAGAAGGCGGCUGAGAUCAAGAAUAAUAAUGAUGAUCAGUGUUGUUACGGGUGCUGCCAUGGUAGUUUGGAUGAGCGUUUUACAUUCGGUAAACAGGCGAGUGAAAAGCUUGAAAAAAUUGAAAAGUUGCGUACUCCACCUCCUCCACCGAUUACUGAUAAAAUAUUAGGUGAUCGAGUUAAAGAAAAACUGGAGCUUUUGCGGAGCAAAAAAUGGGAUACAAGAGAAAAACUGAAGAAAAAUCUGAUUGUGAAGGUGCUAGAUGGGCAAGUACGUCAUCAUGUUGGACUUUGUGGUUCCAAAGGUGUAGGUAAAACGACAUUGGUAAAAGAAAUUACGCGAGAAAACCAAGUGAAAGAAGCAUUCCAAAAAAUAGUGAUGGUGUUGAUGGGAGAUUCUCCAAAUUUGAAAGACAUUCAGAAUAAGAUCGCCGAGGGAAUAGGAGUGAAGUUGAAUGACGAGGACAAGAAUGAGCUAAAUGCGGUAGUUUUGGAAAACCAUAUACGAACGAAAAAGGAAAAUAUACUGAUAAUAUUGGACGAUCUUUGGGCCAAAGUAGAUUUGAACAAUUUGGGAACUGGCAGAAACAAUGAAUACUGCAAGCAUUUGAUAAUAACCAGGUCAGAAAAUGUGUGCAAAUUAAUGGACAUACCAAAAGAAAACACGUUAGAAAUGAAGGUCAUGACUGAUGAUGAAUCUAUAGCUUUUUUCUGGAAUGUUGUUUAUGAUCAAAAGAGCAAGAACAGAAUGGUUGAUCAGAUUACAUCUUACGCGUAUAUAUCUCUCGCAAGAAAACUGAUUUUGAACCAUUGUGGAGGCGUCCCAAAUGUAGUUGCAGCGUUAGCUAAUUAUCUUGCUAAUUUAGAGAUCGAAAAAUGGAAAAAGUUGGCUGAUGAAUUAAGCGAUGAAUUGGGCCAAGAAGAGAGGAAAACAAAGAUUUUGAAUAUAAAUUACGAGCGUUCUAAAACUCAUGAGGAAGAAAAACAAAAGUUUUUCUCGCUUGGAUGUGUGUUUCAACCAGAAACAAGCAUACCAAUCCAAGAAUGGAUGAGAUAUGCCAUCGGAUUAGACUUGAUUAAAGUUGUCGAUAGCCUUAGUGAAGCCAUGUCCAAAGCUGAUACUUGGAUUCAAGAUAUGAUUUCAUCAUCUUUGCUUGAAGAGGAAGAAAAAGGCUUUAUGGGAGGCUUGGGCCAUGUUACAAUCUCCCGUCAAGCUCGUGACCAACUAAAAGGUGGGAAGAUACAAUUGUUAGAUGAUAUUCCUCGAUGGUUUGAUUUGGAAAAAAUUAGCAAGUCGAUGUACAAUGCUAUCUCGUUGUGGUCUGGUCGUAAUCAUGGGCGUAUUAGUGGAAAAGAGUUCAUCAAUCUUGAAGUGUUGAUUCUAGAUGGAAGUUACCCUCGAGAUCAAUUUGAAGAUGAUUUCUUUUAUGGAAUGACAAAGUUGAAGGUUUUAAAACUUAAGAAAAUGAAAUUCAAGAAGCAGUUACCAAUGUCAUUGAAAAGUUUGAAAGAUCAUCUUAGGUUGUUGCAUUUGGAAAAUUGUGAACUGGGAGAAGAUAUUAGCUUGAUUGGAGACUUAGUUAACCUUGUUGUUCUUAGUUUUCGAAAAUCGAAGAUGAACAAGUUUCCAGCAUAUGAAAUAAGGAGGUUGAGCGAACUUCUUGUGCUUGAUUUGUACGAGUGUAAGAUUGCCUCCAACGGAAUCCCAGCUAAUGUGCUGAAAACACUGGAUAAAUUGGAAGGAUUAUACAGUUAUGGUAUUGAGGGAAGUGAUUGGGCUGAUCUCACACAAGAAAGAAACAAGGAUUGGAAGGAUUUCACGUUUUUAUUGAAUCGGAAGGACAAAAAUGCAAGCCUCGAUGAAUUGAAUGAGCUGGAUCAGUUGAAUGUACUAGAGAUCAAAGUGCCACACCUUCAUCAGUUGCCUAAAAAUGAUAAGUUCGUCAAAAAACUUCAACAUUUUUAUAUAUUUGUGGGUAAGGAGGAUCAAGAAGUAGAAUCAAUAUCAGCAAAAGGAUUCUCUCGGAUUAUGAGGUUUGGAUACUUAGAGAGUGGGCUGAAAGCUAAUAAAUACGAGUGUUUGCAAAAUCUGCUAGCCAAAACUGAUUUAUUGAGCUUAGAGGGGAUGAAGAAUACAGCAUUUUUUGUACAGCAGAAUGAGACUAAACUCGACACUCCUGAAAUAACAAUUGAUGUGGCUGAAUACACAAAUUUGGAAGUUCUAAAAAUGUACGAGUGUGAUGGGAUGAAGGGUUUCGCAGCUAAACCUCUCAAGGCACCCAACUUGACUGAAAUAGAAGUGAUCAAGUGUAACAAAUUGAACUUCCUUUUUAUAGAGCAUAUAAAGGAUACCAGAGAUGAAUAUAACUCCAUUCCUUUAUUAAAGAAGUUGGUACUUAAGAAAUUGGAAAAACUGGGUUGUAUAUCAUCCCCUGACAUCACUGGCAAUGAAGCCUUUGCUUCUUUGUUCGAUGGAAAGGUAAUAUGUCCCUUGUUAGAGACGUUGGAACUGGUUAAAUGCAGCCAAAUUACGCAAAUUUGGAGUAAUUCUAGUUUUGAAACUUCCUCAUGGACACGAAGAUUCAAACCUAGCUUGAAGCAUUUGAAGGAAGUACACAUUAAGGAGUGUCAAAAACUCCAGCAUGUUUGCUCACUCGCCAUAGCUGCUGCACUUGUUAAACUGAAAAAGCUGGAAAUUAGGUCUUGUUCAUUAUUGAAGACGGUGAUAAAGGCUGAUAAAGAAGAUUAUAAAGACUUCACUCAUAAUGAUAACAUUCAAAUUUUUCCAGCACUUGAAGAACUUACCCUUGCCGAGUGCCACAAUGUCAAAAAUUUUCUCUCACAUAAAAAUUAUCAAAGAAAUCAAACCUUUGAAUUACCUUCUUUGGAAAAGUUAAGAAUUCAAGAUAGUCCCAAUAUGAAAAUUUUCUCAUCCAUUGAAAUCAAAACACCCAAAUUAUGGUGGCUUACAGUUGAACCUUGCACCCAUUCUAAGAAAGAGAUCGAAAAUAUUAAUGUAUUCUUGAAGAAUCAAAAUAAGGAGCCAAGAAAGUCGAAUGAAGAAUCAAGCGAAACUGAUGAGGUUGCACCCAUUGAUUUGGGCAAGAAAUCAGUUGGAUGCGCCAACUUUUCAUGCUUUGACGACAAGUUGAAAGAGCCUAACAAGAAAAAAAGAAAAUGAGAAGGGCAUCACAGUAAGGAAAAGACUGAAUGUGUAAAGGGAAUUAUCUUCAAGUGUUAUGAUACUUUGUUUUUUUCAUGUACAUCUUUUUUUAUUUGAAUUUAAACCUUUUUAAAGAAUACGGAUUUCAUUUAUAUCAUAAUUUGCUUGAUUUUCAACAAUUUCAUUGUCCGUGCGGGAAUCAAGCAUCAAAGAAUAGAGCUUGAAGAAAAAGUAAUUAAGAUCAAAGAAGUUUAAGUCAUCUAGCUAGAAACUUUAUAUCAUUAGAAUUGCUAAAGAAUAAGAUUGUGUCCUUAUACCAUCUUAUUGUUUAGCAAACCGAUUUUAUUUUUAAAAAUUUAGUUUCUAGUAAAGUUGGCACAAAUACAAAACCUCUUCGAUCUUGCUUUUGCUUAUGCCCAUAGCUCUUUUCUAAAAGCUUGUUCCUUGUUAGAAACAAUAAAUAGUUGAAAUUGAGCAAAAUAAGAAUUUGGUUGAUAAAGUUGUCUCCUUGUAACAAAGGGAUGCUUACAAGUGUCUUUAAGUUUGAUACGUUCGUAUGGUUUUUAUUUCUAUA